CAUGGAAUCCUCUCUUGUGACGGGUUCAUAUAGCAACAAUAUAUUCCAGAUACCCUUCAACAACCCUACAACUGUCCAGAUAUCUUUUAUCAACACUUCUCGAUACCCUGAAUCCCAUAUCUUCGCUCGACAAGGGAUCCAUCGUCCGAUUCACCCCACUUUGGCCUAACAACGAAUCCAAUUUGCCAGGAUAGCCAAGGUACGCACAGAGCACACCCCAACAAGCUCCAUGAGAUUCCCCCCCAUGGAGAUCGCGGGGCGGUGACCAUACUCUAAUCUAUAUUUCCAUCAUAUCUCCAAAGCUUCAUAUUGUAAAUCUACGCAGCCAUGAGUCUCCCAGUCCGAACGCUGACAAAAACGCUACGCAAGUCGCCUACAGACAUGGUUUCGCACCCCGCAGAAAAGGCCGUAGCGCCGACACAGCUGCCAACUCGCCAAAGUACCGGCGCAAGCGGGUUGAGCGACGUAGCAGUGCCCGAGACGGACAUCAGAGAGACCUCCGCUCUUCUCGAAGAGCGUCUGCGCGCAUGGAAGCAUGCAGUUGGAUACCUUGAGGAGUACAUCAGUGCGACUGAGAAGGCCCAGAAGGCACAUGCGAAAGAGUACGAGAAGGUCUUGAAAACCAUUCAAGAUCCAUUGAAGGAGGGUUCUCAUUUCGACCAGAGUCUUGGCGGUGUCGCUGGGCUCUUUGAGAAUAUGAGAGUAAACACCGAGAGCUUGGCCAACUCCCAUCUCGAAACCGAAAAGAACCUCAAGGGCACGGUUCUACCGAUCCUCGAGCGUCUUCACAAGGAGAUCAAGAACAAAUCCAAGGAGAUCUCGUCUGGCGUUGGAAAGGCGGCCAAGGAGAUCGAGAAGUCGCGCAACACGACUCAGAAGCACAUUGAGCUUUUGGGCCAGCAGAGCGCUGCUGCUGAAUCGUCCGGGAGCAAGGUCAACUCGCACGACGACCCAUAUAUCACCCAACGAGGCAUUUACUACCGUCUCCACAAGCAGAUCCUGGAGGAGAACAACAACCGCCACGACCUGAUCAGCGUUCAGGAGAACUUUGCUACCUUUGAGCAACACGUUGUUGAGGUCAUCCAGCAGGCCAUGGCGUCGUUCGUUCAGUACGUCGGCGGCCAGGUUCAGCGUAACCAGAACGCGUACACGGACAUGUUGAGCAAUGUCCAGCGCAUUCCUCCGGACUUUGAGUGGAACGGCUUCAAGCAGCGUGAAGCUGACACCCUUGUGGACCCUAGCUCCGCACCGCGCUCCAUCGAGGGCGUCACCUUCCCCAACCAGAACCACAAGUCCACACAGCCAUUGCUCGAGGGCACUCUUGAGCGCAAGUCCCGCAACAUCCUUUCCAGCGGCUACUCCACUGGAUACUACGCCAUCACCAACGCCCUGUACUUACACGGCUUCAAGGACAACGACAACGUGCGCAAGGACCCAGAGCCGGAGAUUUCCAUCUACCUCCCAGACGCCGUCGUCGGCGUGCCGAAUGGCGAGAAGUUCCAUGUCAAGGGCAAGGACGUCUCCAAGGGUUUCAGCAGCAAGCUCGCCGGAACAUCCGAGCUCAACUUCAAGGCCCAUACCGCCAACGAUGCCGAGAAGUGGGUUGAGGUUAUUAAGAUGGCCGCCGGCGCGAACGCCGCGAGGGCUCCGUACUCCUCGGGCCCUUCAUCCCCCAUCUCUCCUACUACCCAGAAGCAGGCUAGUUUCGGCUCGAUAGCUCCAGCUACCGCGGCUGCGGAGACGAAGGCGGUUGAGGCGGCCCAGGAGGAAGGUGUCACGGCUGCUCACCCUACCCCAUUGAAGAUUGAAGAGGGGAAGACUGUGGCGAGCCCGACGGCUGUGGCUCCUUCGGCGACGGGGGCUGUUGUUGGGACGGAUAAGGCUACGAAGCCCCCUUUUGAGUAAAUACCCGGGGCGGAAAUUGUUUGACAGAUAGUCCUAUUGGUUUUAUUACCUAAGUCCUUUUCUAUGUGCUUGCUUUUUGAGUAAUCUUGAUGAGUUUAGCCGGUGGUUGUGUCGCAUAUGUUGAGUAAUUUGAAUAGCAACUCUCAUUGAUUGUUCUACGCCUCUGUCUUGUCAACUUGUUGCUCCUUAGACCCCCUUUGAAAUCGAUAAUCCC